CAAAACAGAUGUUCGCUUUUUUGCCGUCAUUGGACUGAGUGAGAGAAGUACUAUUAUUACCACGUCAGUACUCAACAUGACGAGAAAAAGCUUUUGAGGAGGAUGUCACAGAUUCCAGUCCAUUCAAAGGAGAGGACCUUCUUUUAUGCAGGUGUUUGAAUACCUGAAGAGGCUCGUUCAUAGCUUUUAUGAAAAAGUCUACGGCAUUACAUUUCGAGAAAUCGGUGAGAAAAUACUUUUCACCGGGCGGAGACAUAUCAGUGACUAGACGAGGGUGACCAAGAGCUUUCCUAUGGUGGCCAGCCAACAGCUGGCCAUGGGCAACGGUUCAAUCAAAGCCCCACGGCCAGAGGACAGCUUCCUGGCCUCCAGCCUCAAGGUGUGUGACACGGAGCCCUUGAGGCUCAGGAUAGCCCACCUGGAAGAAGAGCUGGCCCAGAGGGACCAUGAGUUAAAAUCCCAGGAGCUGCAGCUGCAGAGCCUGCAGAGAGAGCUGGAGGCUAAAGUCUCCCAGAUAGAAAAGCUUCAGGAUGCCAUCGGCUACAACAGCCUAGGCCGCUCCCCUCUGACUCCCAACUGUCACCGCCUGCUCAGUGUCAUCAACCAGGGUCCCACCCGCUUCCACAGGGUGGCUGUGGAGGUCCACCGUAGGCUCAAGGCCAAGGAGGGCGUGUCGGCCGAGCCCACCUCAGGGCACUUCUGCGGGGGUUUCAGAGCCCACCAUGUGUCCAUAGAGAGGGCACGUGUUCGCAAGGACUCCAGCACCAAGAAGCUGAUCAAUGAUGCCAUCAUGAACAAUGACUUCCUGAAGAAGUUGGAUCCGCAGCACAUGAGGGAGAUGGUGGACUGCAUGUAUGAGAGGAUCUACACUGAGGGCCAACUGGUCAUCCAGGAGGGAGAACCAGGGAACUUCCUCUAUGUGCUGGCAGAUGGCCUGCUAGAGGUCAUGCAGAACGGCAAAUUGCUCGGAGAGAUGCGUCCCAGGACCGCCUUUGGAGAGUUGGCUAUAUUGUACAACUGUAAGAGAACUGCAACAGUGAAAGCUGUAUCCCAGGCUCAUAUCUGGGCUCUGGACCGGCAGACCUUCCAGAGUAUUAUGAUGAAAUCUACACAGGCUACGCAAGAAGAGUACUUCAGCUUCCUACGCAGUGUAUCUCUGCUGAGAGACCUGCCAGAAGAGAAGCUUGCCAAAAUCGUUGACUGUCUGGAAAUUGACUAUUUUGAUAAAGGAGAGUAUAUCAUUCGGGAGGGCGAGGAAGGGAACACUUUCUUCAUUAUAGCUAAAGGAGAGGUGUGUGUCACCCAGACCACAGAGGGCUGUACUGAGCCACAGGAGAUAAAGACUCUGGGUGUGGGCGACUACUUUGGAGAAAAAGCACUCAUAAGUGAGGAUGUGCGUUCAGCAAACAUCAUCUCCACUGAGAAUGACACACAGUGCUUGGUGGUGGACAGAGACAACUUCAACCAGAUGGUGGGCACUUAUGAGGAACUGCAGGCAUACCUGAAGGAAUACGUUGAAGAGCUCUCCCGAUGCGACGAGAGAAGAAAUGCACUGCCCCUUUCCCCCCUUAUCGACUCGUCCCCAGAGGCCCAGGAGGUGUGUCGGCUCAGGGAGAGGAUCGCCGUCAUCCCUACGCAUGACCCCUUCCAGGACUUGGAGGUCAUAGCAACACUGGGCAUGGGCGGCUUCGGCCGAGUGGAGCUGGUGAAACUGAGAGAUGAAGAUACCACAUUUGCUCUGAAGUGUAUUAAAAAGAAGCACAUUGUGGACACAAGACAACAGGAGCACAUCUACUCUGAGAAGAACAUCCUUCAGCAGACCAACUCACACUUCAUAGUCAGGUUGUUUCGGACAUUCCGAGAUGACAAAUAUGUGUACAUGCUACUGGAGGCCUGCCUGGGUGGGGAGCUGUGGAGUGUACUACGGGACAUGAGUUCCUUUGAGGAGCAGACAGCCCGCUUCUGCAUUGCCUGUGUCCUGGAAGCCUUUGACUACCUCCACGCCAGAGGAAUCAUCUACAGAGACCUGAAACCUGAGAACCUACUACUGGAUGCAGAAGGCUAUGUCAAAAUGGCAGACUUUGGUUUUGCUAAGAGGAUAGGCCUGGGGAAGAAGACAUGGACGUUCUGUGGGACCCCAGAGUAUGUGGCUCCAGAGGUCAUCAUGAACAAGGGCCAUGACUUUGGAGCUGACUGUUGGUCUCUGGGGAUCCUCAUCUUUGAGCUACUGACUGGCAGUCCACCCUUUUCCGGAACUGACCCCAUUAAGAUCUACACCAUGGUCCUCCAUGGGAUUGAAAAGGUUGACUUCCCCAAGAGGAUCAGCAAGCGCCCCGAUGACCUUAUCAGGAGACUCUGCAAGCUUAACCCUGUGGACAGGCUUGGUAAUAAGAAGAACGGCAUCAUGGACAUUAAGAAACACAAGUGGUUCCAGGGCUUUAACUGGGAGGGGCUGAGACGCCAGAAGCUCAUAUCGCCACUGAAGAGAGAGCUGAAGGGGCCGAUGGACCACAGCCACUUUGACAUCUUUCCCCCAGAGCUGGAGGAGACACCAGACGAGCUGUCAGGCUGGGACAAGGACUUCUGAGGUGCCCCUGGAGCCUCUACACCCUAAAGCCUUUUGUCUAUAUAGGUGGUGUACCUCUACUACCUGACGCUAGUGUUCCGCUAGUGCAGUGAACUGUGCUAUCUGCCUUAAAAACAAUCAACUCCACAGAAGCAGCCAUGACUGAAUACUGUAAUCCCAUCUCUUCCCUGUGGUUGCCGUACUUGCCAUACAUUUGACAUCAUGACUGCCUGCCUGUUACUGCCUUUCUUGCCUGCAGAUGGAGGAGAUUGCCUCCUUAAGAAUUGCGUUUUAGGUUUUUGGCCGGAAGAGCAGUGUGUGAAGUGCCACAUGAAACUCUCAUGAGACAACAAGGACAUUCAUCAAGUGAUUGAAAGACUGAGUGCCAAAAGCCCUCGUCUCAGUCCAUUGGGUUAUUUCCCUCAGACAGCAACUGAUGGAGGACAAUGGAAAUAAAUAGAAAAGCUUAUUUAUUAUUACAAUUAAAGCCAUUGCGUAUUUGCUUUUGGCUUUCUUCAAGGUUUUUAAAGAAGUGAACCAAAAUGAGGUUUUAUACAUUUCAAAAAAGCCUCUUAUGGACUCGGGGACCAAUCACAAUGAGAAAAGCUAAACAAAAUAUGAUGUGAUUAAAUGAGUAGCAGAAAUCAGACCAAUUGUCCUUGCCCUAUCACACUAAAUACAUUCCACACACAAUACUUCUGUAAAAACCCUGAAGCAGGCCAAAAGGAAAAACACGUUGGUUUGACAAUAAAAAAGCUUUUUUAUUUACUUCAUCAACCAAGAGUUGCUGAAUCUCCUUUCAACUUCAGUUUGCGCCUCAAUUCAUUCACCUUAGUUGGUGAGCGAAGUAGCGGCAGUGUUCCCUUCCCUUCUUUCCCUCAGACAGAGUGAUGUGCCUAAUUUGUGUCCUAAACAAUAACGACAACCUUUGAGGAUGUUCUCAGCCUUCCAAAAUGUAGAUACAUUCGGCCAUGUAGUGUAUGUGGACACCUGUUCAUCGAAACAUCUCAUUCCAAAAUCAUUGGCAUUAAUAUGGAGUUGGUCCCUCCAUUGCUGCUAU